GGAACCGCCCCCUUCUGCUCCGCACAGCUCGCGCAUGCGACCCGGUCGCCGUGUUUUUCCUCCGUGUUUCCGAGUCCGGAUUAUUUUAUUCUCAGAACUCACCGAGUCCGGAUUUACAGGCGCGCGUGCACGCGAGGAUUUCACAGCGCGGGAGUAACGGGUGUGUUUAACGCGCGCGCGGAGAGAGCGUGCUGAGAGCUUUUGUUCGCCGGUGAAGCUUUUACACACACACACACACACACACACAGAGAGAGGGGGAGGACACGCAUCAUGUCUUCCUCUGAGCUGGACUACAUCCCUCCGUGGUGGAUCUAUUGGCUUCACCAGUUUCCUCACAUCAACCUGAGACUCCAGCCAGUCAACAACACCCUCAACCCUCAGGAUGAAAACUACCAGCAGUCUCUGCUGUUCCUAGUGUGUGUGUCCGCGGCAGCGUUGGGCGUGAACCUCCUCGCGCUCGCUCUCUACCUGAGCUUCCUGUGCUGCUGUAGGAGAAACGGCGAGGCCGAGGAUGAGGAGGAGACGAAGAAGCCGAGCUCACGUUGUGUCACCUGGACCGCCGUCACCGCAGGGCUUCUCAGCUGCAUUGCAGUGGGGUUUGGUUUCUAUGGUAACAGUGAGACCAACGAUGGAGUGUAUCAGCUGACUUACUCGCUGUACAACACCAAUCGCACCCUGGUGGAUGCGGAGACCCUGGUCUCGUCCACGCUGAACGGGAUUCAGACCGAAAUAAAGGAACGCUUGUCCCGAUUGGACGAAAUCUUCACCACAACUGGAGACCCUUUGAAGAUGCUGAAGUUCAUGCAGGAGAUGGUGGAGAACCUGAUUAAACAGCCGCUGAACCUGCCGGACUGGAAACAGACCGAAGUGGACCUGACACACAUCGCUGACCGCGUCGGAGUCGUCGAGUACUACAGGUGGCUGACGUAUCUGCUGAUUCUCAUAUUUGAUCUGCUGAUCUGUCUGUUAACGUGUCUCGGACUGGCCAAGAAAUCACGCUGCCUUCUGACAACGAUGAUGGUGUUUAGCAUGCUAAUGCUCAUAGUGAGCUGGUCGUCUCUGGGAGUCGACGUGGCGACGGCAGUGGGUGUCAGUGAUUUCUGCGUGUCUCCAGACAAGUUCAUCAUGGACCAGACCAAAGACAGGAUCAGCUCAGAUGUUAUUGGUUACUACCUGUACUGCAGUCAGGCGCCUCCCAACCCCUUCCAGCAGUCCAUGACACUCUUCCAGAAGUCUCUGACCACCAUGCAGAUUCAGGUUCAGAGGUUAUUACAGUUCGCCAUUCCAACCUUCCCUACUGCUGAGAGUCACCUCUUGGGUCUUAAGCUCAUGUUGAACAAUUCUGAGGCACAGCUUCAUCAGCUAACUGGUCUACUCGACUGCAGAGGAAUCAACAAGGACUAUCUGGACGCACUGAUGGGGGUGUGUUAUGAUGGUGUAGAGGGGCUGCUGUAUCUCAGUCUGUUCUCUCUGCUCUCCGUCACGGCCUUCUGCAUCAUGAUGUGUGUGAUUCCCCGAGCCUGGAGACAAAUCAACAACCGGGAUUAUGGGGAUUGUGAGGACUUGGAUCCUUUCGGCUCUCGAGCUCAGACUGAGAACUUGCACACUUUUUACAGCUACAGCAGCAGCCAGAACAGCCUUCAUUCACCGCCAGCUCCGCCCACCUCUAACCUGAAUCAGUCCUCAGUGUUUGGGGGAAACGCCCGCUUUGAAGACGCACCGCUAAUAAACCGAGGCUCUCCUCCUCCCUCAUAUUCUCCCACUAUGCGAGCCAGCUACCUCUCAAUGACAGAAGAUCAGAUGGGACACUUUGGAGACGAUUUUAGGGCCUGAACUACUUUGAACUAUCUACAUGAUCUGCAAUGAUGUGUGUGUGUAUGUGUUUAUAUUUGUAAGGAACAAACGUCCUGACAAGGACAUGAAUGUCCGACAGGUUUGACCUCGUGGGCACAAGGGUUAAGAGUUAGAGUUAGGCUUAACGCAGCGUUAAUGAGCAUUAAUAAGAUUAUAUUAAUGUAACGUCCUCACAAGGGACAAUAAGACACAUAUCUGUCUGUGUGUGUGUGUGUGUGUGGUCCUCACAAUCUCAGGACUUUAAUGUAAUGAAUUUCAGUUCCUGUAACUACUGAGUAAUGCGUUUAUACAUGUUUUAAUACCACUGAUUAUUUUUACUAAAAGUGUGAUUAUUUUUUUUAUAUGUAUUAUUUCUUUCAGUAAUGUAGUGAAAAGUUAAAAUAACCGCUGUGCAACUACGUGUUGGAUAAGAGAAGCCCAAAGUGUAGCCCAGCGUUAAUGUGCAGCAUUGUCCCGUCCCGUCCUGUCGCGUCCACCCCCUUCCCUUUUGAGAGAGAGAGAGAGAGAGAGACACAGGGCGUUAGUUUCUGUCUGCAUCGUUUAGAGACGAUGUCCCUGGUGCUUCUAGUGUCACUGGUGUCCAUGGGGUCGCUUAUGCCUCCGGUGCUGUCUCUGGUGUCUCAGCCGUCUCCGGGGUCCCUAGUGUUGGUGUCUCAGGUCGCCAGUGUCUCUCGUGUCACUGGUGAGUGUAGAUAGCUAAUACAGUUAGCUUGUUUGCUAGUCUAAUCUGAGGAAUUGUGCUGAGUGUAAAUUUCUACUAACAACAGGAGCACUCGCUACACACCUGCAAGACACUAACUUCAAACCACAAGUGGCUAGCAUGAACAUGGUUAAUUUUUUCAGCGUGACAGGCAGCUUUAAGGUGUGGGUUAAAGAGCGCACCAAGGGAUGUAAUAAUACUUAUAUAAUACCUUAGCUAGGGCUUUUGACGUUAAUGAAAUAGGAGAUUGUGAGAGUGCUUAUGAGACACGCACAGAAAGACCUUCCUGUUUGCAGAUAUUGUGGGAUUACUAAUUGGGGAACUAAAAAGAAAAAAAUAGAAAACUGAAAACACCAAACAAACAGUCUCCCAUCUCCCCGAGACCGAACGGGCCUCAGGAAACUAAAAAUAAACUCUUGCCCUCAAUGGACAAGUCCACCCUUUGUCUAAGGGUUUAUGUCUGAUUUAUGUGAGUUUUAACUUUACACUGAGGUUGAAAGCGCAUGCUUAACGGAUGGCAUGGCGUUCUCUCUCUUAAUAACACUGGAAGGAUGGGUGGGUUAAGGUGCGAGCUGUACUCCAGAUUGCGAAAGGGAGCGGGCUAACUGGUAUGCCCAGUGCCUAGGCUAGCCCAGCGACAAAAAUAAAGUUUUCCGUGGUCCCCGAGUCGAUGAGCACCUCCAGAUUCCGGCCCCUGAGAGUGUGGCAGGCAGGAAGAGCUCUGCAUGACAAGUCUUAACCCUCGGGUUGACACUGUGCUCCCCUCUGCUCAGGGGUGAUGCUAUCCGAGGCUUGCCUCACAAUAAGUGUCGCUUGCCCUGAAGGGAAAGCCUGACAGCGCCUAAUUACCUGGGCGAGCCCAUGUCUUCUUCAGGCUUUAACUUCGGGGCCAGACAUAAAGCUUCAGGCUUCAGCUUAAUGGGCAGAGAUAAGGCUUCGCAGGAUUAAAAAGCUCCUCAAGCUGCCCAUAUAUCUGCUCGAGGCACUUGUUAAUCCCAUGCAUCUCCGAAAUGAGCGCGGUUAGGGCUUUCUCAUAUUUACCAAGCACGUUCGGUCAGCCCUUAACUCUCUCCUGCACCCUCUCCAAGCCUGCGGUCUCAUCAGAUGGUACGAACAUUCUGUUACAAGAUGCAGGUUAGAGAGCCUAUGAGUAAUAAUACUUAUGAAGGCUCUUACGCAGGGCUUCUGAGGGGGUGAAAAUAGGACUGUGCGUGAGUACUUACGAUAUACAAGACCUUAAAAAAACAUGCCACGGGGUGCAGCAGGUCCGCACUGAUUGCGGCUGUGGCGGCGUCACCUAGCAACCACACGUCUAGAUGACCGCGGCUUUGCCUGUUCAAAGCUCUGCAGCAUAGCUGCCUACAGAUCUGCCCCUUCCGAACAGUGCAGAGUGUUCUCUUGGGGUUCUACCCUUCACAAGACCCGCGUCUUUACAGUGACAUCACUAUUAGGUUUUCUCAUCACUUUAUUAGCUUGAUGUGUGGUCAUGAUUGUGUUUUGUAAUUACACAAUGUCACUAACCAGGAAAUGAUUAUCAUUUUAUCAGUUAACUUGAUAACUCUGAUGCUGUACUUUUACUGCUAGUAGUCUGCUGUUCACCCUCUUUAAAUAUGUGAAAGUCAAAGUUGUGAUAAAGCGGCACGGAAGCAGCGAUCCUGUUUUUAAAUGUCUUCUUCUUACGUGGCUGCGUCUCCAGGUGGCAUACUGCUGUACUACAGCUCCGUCCUACUGUAGUGUUUAUCUUACAGCUGGUGCUAAACACUUAGCGUAUUAGGUCCAUAGCAGUGUUCCACUGAGAUUCACGGUUUAGUGUAGAAAAUGUAUUCUCAACCAGGCUUUCACACCCCCUGGUGGUGGAUUAUUAUAAUAUUCAAAUAUAUUUAAUUUUAGGCUAAUAAACGCUAAUAAAUCAA